CUACUGCAGUGUCGUGUGCGAAGAAAGCGAAAGUUACCCUGUCACUGUCCCUAGCAUUCCGUGGCACAGGGAGAAACAGAAAAUAAUUUAAAUUGUAACUAUCAACACUCCAUCCGGAUGUCUCUUUCACGAAUUAGUGGGAGUCUUGUUGCAGCUGUUGUCGGCGACUGCAUCGGAGCUCUUUUUGAAGGAUCGUCGUGUGUUGAACUUGCUAGCGUGCUUGGUGAAGUCGAGAAAAUUGAAUCAGCAUGGAAAAAGAAGAAGAAAUCUGAUAAUAAAUUUGAGGGAAAAAAGCCACUUAAAUCUGAAGUUCCAAUGUUGACCUAUACUGAUGACACUGCCAUGGCUCGCUGUAUAGCUGCUUCGAUAAUCCAUCAUAACGGACUAGAUGAUAAAGAUUUAGCAAGACGGUUUUCAGAAGAGUAUGACCGGCAACCACACCGAGGGUAUGGUGGCAGUGUCAUCAACGUCCUGAAAGCGUUGAAAGAUCCAAAUCUUAAGGAUAUCUUUCAACCAGCUAGACAACAGUUUCAUGGUUCUGGGUCUUAUGGAAAUGGAGGUGCAAUGAGAAUUGCCCCAAUUGGUCUGUUCUGUCUUAAUAAGGAUUUUUCGGUGCUGAAGGAUUUAACCACGAGAGCCACUCAGCUGACACAUACCCAUCCUGAAGCAGUGGUUGGUGCUAUCUUGCAGUCACACAGUGUUCAACUGGCCCUUUCCCUGGACAACACAAAGCCUCUUGAUACUGAUCACUUUUUAAAUACUUUGCAUGAAAGCCUAAAUCCUAUAGAGAGUGAAUUCUUCCAACGCUGUGAAAAGAAUGCAGAUGAAAAAGAAACUGAGGGAGAAAGGAAAUUUCCAUACUCCACGAAACUCGAAAUCAUCAGAGAUUUCCUUCGCAGAGAUGUUGGCACUGAUGAAGUAGAUGAGAAGUUAGGUAGAGACAUAUCAGCAUUAGGUUCUGUACCCACUGCUGUCUACUGCUUUCUCAAAGGAUCUCAGAAGUCUGUUCCUGGAAUUGAGGAAAAGACACCUGUGGAGCAAGCUAUCCUAUACGCCAUUUCUCUUGGAGGAGACACAGAUACCAUAGCAACUAUGGCUGGUGCUGUUGCUGGAGCUUUCUAUGGACUUGACUUAAUACCAGAGUCAUGGCAGGAUUCUUGUGAAGGAGUGACCGAUGCUAAAAAGUUUGCAGAACAAAUUUGGCAACUUGUACAAUCAACAUCAUAAAAAUUUUCAAGAAUGCUUGUUGAAAAAAUAUUUUUUAAAAAACCUUUUAUUUAAAAUAAUCUAGACUUUUGAUGCUUUUGUGUGAGACCAUUCUGAUAAAAAUGUGAAAGAAUAAAAUAAAUCUACUUCUUCAUUAGAUAACUGAUUACUCGCAUGUUCAAGCUUAUCUAAUGAAUGCUUCAGUUACAUACUUGUGUGUUGUACUCACCUUUAUAUAAUCCUAUAUAGCAUAUAUUGCAUGCCUCCAACUUACGAGCAGGUUCCAUUCCAUGAGGCUGUUCUUAUGUACUUUUGUUUGAAAGUCGGUACUGAGAUGGAUAUGUGUUAUGGUUAUAGCAUGGUACACGUAGAACCAUCUCUACUUUCGGAUGCACUGAUACAAUAAUUUUCAGUUGUUUUUAAUGUGCUUGAACAACCUUCAAGCACAUGAAAAUAAAGUUUAUAAUAGUUUAUAAUGAAAAUGCUGCCGGAACCACAUGGGCCCAACUGAGGGGGGCUGCCCAAAACCGGGUUCGCUGGCGAGGUGUUGUUGCGGCCCUAUGCUCCUUGAGGAGUAACAAGGAAUGAUGAUGAUGAUAUAAUGAAAAUAAAGUGUAUAAUAGUUUAUAAUUACAGUACAUGUAUAAACUAAACUUUAAACUUGAAAGACAAUCCUUACGAACUACUUUUGAGCUUGAGGACAACAUUGUACGUACCAAGGUUCGUAACUCAAACAUUUGUAAGCAGGGGACUAACUGUACGUUAGCGUGUGACCUUUUGUAGGCUGAUGAAUUCAUAGAGAAGAAAUGUGCCAUAUAAUAUUAUCAUCAAUCCAUUUCCAACUAGUGUGUGUUUAUGUUGAUGGGUGGUGACCAUCCAGAUACCACUCCAUCAGCUGCAGUGAAACCCUUGUUUAAUCAAUUAAUUUAAGUUAAGCUUAUUUUAAAUAAUACAUCUUACAAUUAAAUAUAUUGUGACCAUAUUCUUUUAAGUAUAUGUUUGUGUGUAUGCAUGUUUCAGAAGGAGUUACUAUGUAUGCAUGCACACAGACUAAAAUUACCGAACUGUAAAUUUCAUCACUCGGUUGACACAGAGAGGGAGAGACAGCAGAUGGACAAGAUAUUGCCCUGAUAAAAAAGUUGAAUUACCAGUAAAAAGUACUGUCAUUCACGUUGAAAAGUAUAUGUAAAAGAGAGAAAAGAAUGAAAGGGUUAAGAUGUGUAAUCUUGGUGUUCAAAUGGUGGGAAUCAGAUGCUACAGGUUUUUGCUUUUCAUUGGCUGGGAGACGAAUAAGUAUUAAAUAAAAGCAUGUUUGUCCACUCGCCAUCAACUUGGAAUUCAACAAUUGUUCAGCAAACAUCUGGAGUUUUUCAGUUUUAGUCUGGCUAUUAUUCUAUCACCUGUAGCUAUUAUUUCUUUCAUUUUUUGUACUAUUUUCUACUGUCUAUACCAUUCAUGUACUUGAUUAGCACAAGUAAACCAUAACUUCUUUUAUCUUCAAUGAUAAAAAAAUCCAUUUAUUCAUGCAAGACAAUAUAACUCAUAACUCUUUACUAUCUUUUAAAGAAAAAAUAGUUAUUUCUUACUCUUGUUUUUAUUUCUGCAUACACAAAUAAAAGUUAUCAGAUGA